AGCUUCAGUGUCUGCAUGUGAUUUAGGGGUUGGAUAGCAAGAAACCCUGUAAAGGUUUCUUAACCAAGCAACUCCUAAACCUUCUGGUCAAAUUUUACUUAAAACCCUAAAGCAGACAAAGAGAGGUCAUGGCUCUGAACAGUCACAAUCAUUUGGCUUUAGCUUUUGGCAUGCUAGGAAACGUCAUUUCCUUCAUGGUGUACUUGGCACCCCUGCCAACAUUUUACCGAAUAUACAAAAAGAAAUCCACAGAAGGUUUCCAAUCACUGCCUUACCUGGUGGCACUCUUCAGUUCCAUGCUUUGGCUAUACUAUGCCUCACUCAAGCCAGCUGAUGCUACUCUCCUCAUUACCAUUAAUUCAUUGGGAUGUGUCAUUGAGAUUGUUUACAUUGUCAUGUUCACAAUCUAUGCCACCAAGGAUGCCAGGAACUUAACCGUCAAAUUAUUUAUGGUGAUGAACGUGGGUUCCUUCGCCUUGAUCUUCCUCGUCACCUACUUUGCUAUACAUGGCUCCCUACGUGUCCAAGUCGUUGGAUGGGUUUGUGUAUCUAUUGCAGUUGGUGUUUUUGCGGCACCUCUCAGCAUUGUGGCUCAGGUUAUUCGAACCAAGGAUGUCGAGUUUAUGCCGUUUAACUUGUCACUUUUCCUCACCCUAAGUGCCGUAAUGUGGUUUUUCUAUGGCCUCUUACUCAAGGACAUAUGCAUUGCUAUCCCAAAUAUUCUUGGCUUCACAUUGGGACUGCUUCAGAUGUUGCUCUAUGCAAUUUACAGAAAUGGUAAAACUAACAAUAAGGAAGUUGCUACAAAGGAGGAGAAAGCACUAGAGGCAAUAAUGAAAAACGUUGUUGUGGUGAACCCGUUGGGAACGUGUGAAGUGUACCCAGUUAUCAAUAAAGAGAAUAACAAUGGACAAGGAAUAGAAGGUGCCAAAGAGAAGGAAUGCCCAGUGUGAAAUGGUUUUAAUAUUAUAUAUAUAUAUAUAUAUGCUCAGUGCAAUUGUUACAGACAGAAGCACUUCGAAGCAUACUAGGAAAUGGUUUUUCUCUUUAUAAUAAUAUUGAUAUAUUAUGUGUAUACCCGUUUAUGUCGGUGAUCAACUGUUAUGUUAAAAUAUUCUAGUAAUUUAUUAUGAAUCAUGUUCGUUCUCUAGUUAUCUCAAGAAAAA